UUUUAAAAUUAUAAUUAUAUGUUAUAAUAUAGGCGUCGGUGUGUAUUAUUCUUGCUAUUGGAAUCAACAAUGUCUCAAGACAGCAGUUCUGAUAAUGAUACUGUCUCACACUUCAACGUUGUGCCUAUUAACCAAUUUAUGACAACUGUGCAUUCAUAUACUGACCAAUCUGUGCAUAGUCGUUCAGUACGGAGCACUUUCAGAUCUGUUACACCCGACGAAAUUAAUCUGGCCMCUGAAACCAUCGCCUUAUCAUCUCAACCGUAUACUCCUCCUCAUCCAUCUGAACAAGACAUUUACCAUACUCAUAUUGGAUAUGAAUUGGUAAAAAUACCUGAACGGACAGAUGAACAAGACUCAUCAAAUAAUAAUGCAUACAAGAUUCAAAAUGGAACAAUUGAUGGGAAAAUUAUUCACUGCAUAAAUGCCAAACCUUUCAUAUAUUCAGAUUGUUUGGUGACCUUAAACGACCUAGUUGAAAUUUGUUUGCCUUCAUGCACAAUCAUCGAUUGCGCUCGUUUCCUGCAGGAAUAUUUUAAAAUUACAGUAUUCAGUGGAAACUCUGAGCAGUUGGCAUUGUUGCAUGAGAACGUUCUCAUCUGGUCAUUAAACCCGAACGAAACACCAAUGGCUAUGUUGAGUGACGUAGCACCAGUAUUGCCGCAGUUAAAGAAAUUGGUAUCCCAGCAAAAUGAACAAAAACAGAAAUUACAAUUAGCGGGCAAGCCAUCCAAAAAAAAACAUUUCAGUUAAGAAGUUACUAGGCACAAUGGAAGCCUAUUCAAACCGGCCGAAAGCUGGACAACUUACAAAAGUGUUAAUUAAAGGACUAUACAACUAAAAAAAUCCUAAUUUUUUUUUAUUGUGUGAAAAUUUAGUGCUUAAAAAAGCAA